AGACAUGAGUACUGUAAAAUCCAACAUGAGAGAGAGAGUCUUCCCAAUAGACAAGAGCUACUUGUACUUCAAUCUGAACGUUUUGUCUGUAAUGGGUAUAUGGAACCCAUGGGAGGAGGGAUAUAAGUACUGGGUGUACAAAAUCUACGAAUGGUACGUGAUUAUCGUAAUUAUGGCAAUGAGACUUACCGCUAUACUAGUCAGAGGGAUCAGCGCUGAAGAUACAACUCAACUCUUACAAGAAUUUUCAUUGCUGGCGGUGGAGGCUGCUGAUACCAUCAAGUACAUCGCUUAUAUAUUUCACCGAGAGGAGGUGCUGGAGCUAUGCAGUGCCUUCAAUUGGGACAGACACUUGCUGGGAACAGAAGAGAUCACCCAGUUUCGGAAUAAAGUGCUAACACACUCCUUGAGUUCAUCGAAAACAUUCACAAUUGCUAUCGUCGUAGCUGUGAUCCUGUAUUACUGCUUCUAUUACUACGCAGCUCUUGGUUACUCCGAGUAUCAACUUGAUAAACUGCCCAUAAGAACGGUUCCCUUGAAAUAUUGUUUCAUUCUCACCAAUUUCUGGGUAGCUUUCAUCUGCGAUUACAUAACAUUCACUUGGCUUGGACUGAUAGCUGUUACUCAUGACGCUUUUAUCAUGGCACUGAUGAUAAACAUAACAUCGCAACUGGAAAUUCUUAAUUUUCGAUUGGAGAAGUGUCACAGAGAAAUAUUUGAAAUCUCCAACGACAAGAUUCCUCAAGUACCAAAUUUGAUUCAUUUCGAAUGCGUCGAGCGUGAGAUGAAUGGAAAGUCUGUAACACUCGAUCCAAAUGCAGAGCUCAUCAAUUGUAUCAAAUUUCAUCAGCACAUCAUCAAGAUGCUCAACAUGUUCAGAGCAAUAUACGACAAAGCCCUUUUACCUCAACUGCUCAUAAGUUUGCUGCUAGUCUCCAUGUCUGCAUUCCAGAUGAUUUUGGGGCAACAAGGGGAUCAGUCAACAAGCGAUUCAGUCGGUGCUCUGGUAUUUCUGAUUGCCUGCAUACUCCAACUCCUGGCAUUCUGCUGGGGUGGUAACAUCAUCCUAGUUGAGAGUGAGAAAACAAGUGAUUCGCUCUACGCGUCCCACUGGUACUAUCGAAACACAACGUUCCGUAAUAACGUCAAGAUAUUCCUGGGGGCCAUCAAGAAUCCUCUGAUUGUCAGCGCUGGAGGUCUAGUUGAUCUAUCAGCUGAAACAUUCAAAAAUAUCCUGACCAAAGGCUAUUCAGCAUCAACAGUCCUCAAGAAUACAGCUUAAUGAAUUCGAACAAUCGCUUAAGAUCGGAAUAACUUAGUCGUCUAGUUAUCAUCUUGUAGCAUCAUAAUGUCUGACAGUCUUGUCAAGAACUUCAACAUGUCAUCCAUCCCUCACUGUAGUUUAUAUUUUGAAAAUAUCACUUAUAAAUGAAUUAUCCAAUGAAAUUCCAAUUGAUCAUAUUCAUUUAACUGGAAUUACCUGCACUGCACACCUGACAGCUUUGCACUGAUCUUAGUAAC